AUGAAUAAGCGUGCAACUGACGAAGAGGAGGAUGGUGUCUCAGACAUCGACAGUGGUGACAUGCUCGAUACUCAAGAAAAUGAAGAAAUGUAUUGUGUUAGUGUUGACGACAAUACACACCUUUCGAAUGAGUACACCAAUGAACCAGUGGUAGACGUGGAACUCGUUCACAAAUAUCUAGGGGAACAUCACGAGUCCCUAUUAGUGGUUUCCGAGGUAGUCGUCGAAUACAAUCUUUUGAGACAACCAUACAAGACUCAAUCACUGGCUAUAGAGAGUUCCAACGACAAAGUUCGCAACAACAUCGCCUAUGUGGUUUUGACCAAAAUGAUUACGAUGAAUUCAAAAAGGCGGAGGCAAUAUUCCUUGCACUGGAGCUUCCAAGCAUACUAG